AGAUUCGUGAGGACUUCGGUAAAAGCACAGAUCGCGCCGUCGUGCAGGGAGAAAGUGUUCGGUUAGAGAGCGAGAGUUCGAGUAUAAGACGCGCUCGAGGACCAAGAAAAUCAGUUUGUUGCGGGCGCAUUCCAAGUGCGAAGACCAACAGUCAGGAUGAGGACGCAAUUCAUCCUGAUAGCCUGCUUGGCAAUAGUGAGAGAAGUAUUUGGUACUCAAGUGUACGAGACGCCGAGUGACUCUUCGCAACAACAAUGGCGGCCGUGGCAGACAGAUCAAGACCUGAUUCAAGCCUCGAGCGGAGGACAGAACAAGUAUCAUCCCGUCACGUUCGACGCUCCCGACACGCAACAGAAAGAGUCGCAACAAUCAUUGGUUUACAACGCGAAUGUUCAAUCGGGCGCCAGCGGAGUGGCUGACGUUGUCGGUCAGCAAUCGAUUGAGUCUGUGAUCGAUAAUAUUCUCGUAUCUAAUCGACAAGGUCGCAAUCUCGAAGGAUACGACGAAAUCUACUCUGAUCCUGACGUAAAAAAUGCUUUGCAGCUUGGCAAUGAUACGAUCGCGCGUACUUACAUCAGGGACAAGCUCUGUUCUCUCGGUUUGAUGAACUGUGAGGAUGCGGAAGGACGGCGUCCUUAUUAUUCCCCGCACCGUGACAUUCACCCGCACGAUGUCAUUUAUGCUCAACCGGUGACCAUCAAGCCAGUGGGCCGUCCACUUCCGGCCAUUCCCGUGAAGCGCCCGUACGGUUCAGCGAAACCCGUGCCUCUACCUCCGAGCUUCGGUUCUCCACUGGGACCCAAUGUUUAUCCUGGACUCGGACCAACGUUCGGUAGACCUCCUCCACCCAGCUUCGUCGGUCCUUACCCUGGAUACAAGAAACCCGGCCUCCCUCCCCCCUUCGUGUCCAAACCUAUAUACGAACACGGAAUUGAUGCCGAACCCGACUUCGAGGACAAGUUUAUCGAUAAGAAGCAGGUGGUGCUGCAUCAACCGACUUCCUCGGGAGUUCAGCAACACGUUCAUCAUCAUUAUCAUCACGGGGACGCCGGUGUAACCUCUGGCAUCGUGCACAACGGCCCCGUGUCAUCCCCCGCGCUCAGUGGUAGCGGCCUCGGGAGUUACGGUUACGGCAACAGCGGCACUUAUGGCGCUACAUUCAACGAUUUCGAGGAUUAUAAGAAAGCGUUCAAAAUCAAAACGUCCACGAGCAACAGCGGCCCAUCGGUUUCCUCAUCAUCCGUAAAAGGCUACGCGGAUCGCUAUCCCGUUUACGAAAAACCAAAUGGCAAACAGUUCGUCGCCGGUGGACAAUUCGGUGGCAAUAAUCAAUUCUUAGGAAAUGGCGGGAAUAAUCAGUUCUUAGGAAAUGGCGGGAAUAAUCAGUUCUUAGGAAAUGAUGGCAAUAAUCAGUUCUUAGGAAACGGUUUUGACAGCGAUUUCGGCUCCACCUCGUAUGAGAAUUGCGUAUGCGUGCCGUAUGAUCAAUGCGCGACGAUCAAUCACGUAGGCCGCAAGGACGAUCUCUACCUGGCGAUCGAUCCGCGUAAUCUCAACAAGGACAUCGAAGCCGAGACCGUCAAAGUCGUGAUCACCGACGGAAACGGUACCAUGAGCGUCGUGAGGGUGCCCAAGGGAGUGAAUGAAACCGAGCAGAUCGAGCAGACGAAAAACGACUGGGCGAAGGAAGCGAGUGGAGAGGCGGAAGUUACGAAACGAAGCCGCAGAGAUGUCAAGCACGUUACCAAGAAGGACGACAAGCAGGAGAUACAAGAAAGACUGACGGUAGGAACCGGCAAUCUGGACACCUCGAAACUGAACGUGAGGCCAACUUGGGGCGUCAGUUUCGGCCUACCGCAGACCGGCGGUCCGAUCGCGCCCCCCCUGGGGAUCCCGGGCUACGGGCUGGUCGGCGGACAGGGUAUAAAUCUAGGUCCGGUCGCCGUGAAUCCGCUCGUGGCGGUGCAGGUCACCAAAGACGAGUACGGCGAGAAAGUUAUCAAACCUUACGUGAACCUUCACGUAACGCCCCAUCCAGGACUCGUUCACAAGCUGGGCCAUCUCCUGGCCUACAAGAAGUACGGGCUGUACGGCGGUCAUUACGCCGGUAAUUAUGGCGGUCAUUACGGCGGACAUUACGGCGUUUACGCUCCCCAUUAUCAUACGCAUCACGAGAGGCCGAUCUAUCAUUACCCGUCGAGACCGCCAUUCUACCCGUCGUAUGACAUUCACCAUCACGAACCGAUCUACCAUAAGCCCCCCUACCACGGCGGAUACAAUCCCUCCUACUUCAAGGAUGAUAACGAUGAUUACGGCGACUAUGAUUAUUCGGAUGAUUAUCAGGAUGAUUACUACAGGAGUGCUCGCGCGAGAAACGCGACGGGAGGCGGACAAUACCGGACGAAGGAUUUGCCGAAGGUCUCGCCGCAGGCAUCGGCCGGCGAGCGACAAACGAGCGGGAAGAUCACCUUCUCGGAUAGAAGGAAACGCGACACGACGGCGUUUAGCGAUGUAACAUUGGAGAGACGAUACGGACGUCCGCCGGCUUGCGGUUCUCAUCACGUCUGCUGCCGAAGAUCGCACAUAAUAGGAGCACGCCCACAACGAGGUCAAUGCGGAGUUAGGAACACGCAAGGCAUCAAUGGCCGCAUCAAGAAUCCGGUCUAUGUCGACGGAGAUUCGGAAUUCGGCGAAUACCCGUGGCAAGUGGCUAUCCUGAAGAAGGACACCACGGAAAGUGUCUACGUUUGCGGAGGUACUUUGAUCUCGCCCCGACACAUCAUCACUGCCGCUCAUUGCGUGAAGACUCACGCCGGUCGUGAUCUUCGCGCACGAUUAGGCGAAUGGGACGUGAAUCACGACGUCGAGUUCUAUCCUUACAUCGAACGCGACAUUGUGAGCGUUUUCGUGCACCCCGAAUUUUAUGCCGGCACCCUCGCCAACGACAUCGCUAUUUUGAAGCUAGACCAUGACGUCGAUUUUGGAAAGAACCCUCACAUUAGUGCCGCCUGCUUGCCAGACAAACAUGAUGAUUUCACUGGAAUAAGAUGCUGGACCACUGGGUGGGGCAAGGACGCCUUCGGCGAUUACGGCAAAUACCAGAAUAUAUUGAAGGAGGUGGACGUACCUGUCGUCAGUCACCACGUGUGCGAGCAGCAGAUGAGGCGGACGCGAUUGGGGCCUAGCUUCAACCUUCAUCCAGGCUUCGUCUGCGCCGGCGGAGAAGAGGGCAAGGAUGCUUGCAAAGGCGACGGCGGCGGCCCGAUGGUCUGCGAGCGUAAUGGCCAUUGGCAGUUGACCGGCGUCGUCUCCUGGGGCAUCGGUUGCGGUCAACCUGGUGUACCCGGGGUCUACACGCGGGUUUCUCAUUACCUCGACUGGAUCCGACAGACCAUGGAUUACUGAAAUAGAAAAUUCCGGUCAUUGACAAGUCGUAUCCGAUGAGUGAAGAGAUUUGAUGAAGUUUCGCCAGAUUCCUCGAAACCGAGCGAAAAAAAACUGAAUUUUAAUUUUAAUCAUAUAUACAUGUAUAGAAAGAGAGAGAUGUGUAUUUAUAUUAAAGCGCGAGUUAUAAUUUUUUAAGAGAUUUUGAAGAGAUAUAUUUAUUCGCGCGAUCGCUACUUAUCUUCGUUCAUUUGUUAUCAUCUAGGCAAAAUGUCUCUCUCUCUCUC